GUGAACUCUAACCGGUGUCUCAGAUGCGUGUGGAGCUCGCGCUCCUCGCCGAGGGCACGGAUUCCAUCGCGCGCGGGUGAACCAUGCGGUGGCUGUGGAUAUUAACUUUGGCCGUCACUCUAAACAAAGUGGUGUGUGGCGCGCGCUUCUCCCAGGAGCCGGCGGACCAGGCGGUGGUGUUGGGCGAGCGGGUCAUCCUGUCCUGCGUCGUCUUCAACUACACCGGCAUCGUGCAGUGGACCAAGGACGGCCUCGCCCUGGGCAUCGGAGAGGACCUGCGGGCCUGGCCGCGGUACCGUGUGUUGCGGGUGGUGGACGUGGGUCAGUAUAAUCUGGAGAUCACGAUCACGUCGGCUCAGCUGUCUGACGACUCCCUCUACGAGUGCCAGGCCACAGAGGCUGCACUGCGCUCACGCCGGGCCAAACUCACCGUACUCAUCCCACCAGAUAACCCGGUGAUAGACGGUUCUCCAGAGCUGCUGCUGCUGGCUGGCAUUCCCUACAACCUGAGCUGCGUCUCCCGGGGAGCCAAACCGCCCGCCAACAUCCAGUGGACCCGCGACAGCCUACCACUAGAGGGAGCCUACAGCACCACGGAGGUGCUCCCAGACAGGAAGCGGGUCACCACACGAAGUCUCCUCCCCCUCACUCCAAAGGAUGUGGACUCUGGACGCAACUACUCCUGUGUGUCCACCAACCCCGCCGUGCCAUUGGGCAAACACACCAGCGUCAUCCUCAACGUCCACCAUAAGCCUACGGUCACUCUGUCCAUAGAGCCGCGCUCAGUGCUGGAGGGGGAGAGAGUCACCUUCACCUGCCAGGCCACCGCCAACCCCCCUAUCAUGGGCUACAGGUGGGCUAAGGGCGGUGUGAUCCUGGACUGGGCCAGGGACAGUGUGUAUGUGGCGCUGGUGGACUACUCCUACUUCACUGAGCCCGUGUCCUGCGAGGUGUUCAACGCUGUGGGCAGCACCAACGUCAGCAUCCUAGUGGACGUCCACUUCGGGCCCAUGCUGGUGGUUGAGCCCAGGCCGAUGGUAGUGGACGUUGGAUCAGACGUCAGCCUCAACUGCAAGUGGGCCGGCAACCCCCCCCUCACCCUCACCUGGACCAAGAAGGGCACUAGCAUGGUGCUCAGUAAUAACAACCAGCUGUACCUGAAGUCUGUGAGCCAAGGGGACGCCGGCCAGUACGUCUGCAAAGCCAUCGUGCCCCGGAUAGGAGUCCGAGAGAAGGAGGUGUCCCUCACAGUCAACGGUCCUCCCAUCAUCUCCAGUGAUGCGGUGCAGUAUGCAGUGAGGGGGGAGCGAGGAGAGAUCAGGUGCUACAUCGCCAGCACCCCCCCGCCAGACAAGAUCGUGUGGGCGUGGAAGGAGAAUGUGCUGGAGAAGGAGCGGGGCACUCUGCUGGAGCGCUACACAGUGGAGCAGAGCAAAGCUGUGCCACAAGGGGGCGCCGUGCUCUCCACUCUCACCAUCACCAGCGUCAUAGAGGCCGACUUCCUGUCCACCUACAACUGCACCGCAUGGAACGCCUUCGGCCCAGGGACCCUGAUCAUCACCCUCAAAGAGACAGAGCUGGUCCCGGUGGGCAUCAUCGCUGGAGGGACGGUGGGCUCGUCACUUCUGCUCCUCCUCUUCCUCACCGCUCUGGCCUUCUACCUCUACCGCCAGCGCAAACGCAGGCACCGGGGGGUAGCGUUGAAGCCGGACAUUAAGGUGGAGACGGUCAACAAGGAGACGCACAGCCUGGAGGAGGAGCCUGUCAACGUCUCCACGACGACACGCAUGUUUCUCCCCUCUGUCUCCCUCUCUCCCUCCACUCAGCCCUUCAAGGAGCACAUGGAGCUCAAGCCCGACACACACACCGAAACACACACACCGCAGAGUGAGGAGUACGAGCUCAAGGACCCGACCAACGGCUACUACAACGUCCGUGCGACGCCCCAAGAUGAGACUCACCCGUCGACGCGCUCGCUGCUCUAUCAGGAGUUCCGUCCUGCCAACCCCCCCCCACCCAGCGGCCUGCCAGCCGCCGCCCCGCUCGCCAGCGUCCCGGCAACCAGCCGCAGCGGCCAUGCCCCCAUUGGCCGCUACGAGGUCCGCCCACAGUCCCGCCUCUCUCACCCCGGAUACUCCCACUUCAAUACUGUUGCCCGGGUAACACAGGGCAAAGCCCCUCCCAGUACAGACUUUAGUGGAGACUGCGGCCUUCUGACCUCGACCAAUCAGGUGGCCUAUGACGGCUACGCCUACCCAACCAGCUCGCAGUACACCCAGUACAGAAUGGGCUUUGCCCCGCCUCUAGAGGAAGGGCCAGCCUAUGAGAUGUACCCUACAGGACAAGGGGCGGGACAGGGCGUGGCCUCGGAGCAGCCGACGCCCAAAUAUGGAAGCGCUGCCCAUUUCCCCUACAACACCCCGCCCACUGAACACUCACAAAAACACACCCAGAGGAUGCAGACACAUGUGUGA